AUGCAACUGGUGAAGACAUCUUGGGUAGAGCUGCACGAAUUGAAGCGUGCAAUUGACCAAUUGACCGUGCUACUGGCGCUGACCCCGACGAGGGAAAACUGCGAGAUCUACUCGGUCAACCUGCACAAUACAUGCUUCGGACUGAAAUACGGGGUUCUGGCCAACUACGAGACAAUCUUCAAGCCCAGCGCACACAAGUACUCAAACGAAUUUGAUAAGGGGGAUGAGUUACGAGCAGACAACAAGACUCGCCUCCAUGGUCGGAGGAAUUUGGUGUCACGACGCCUACGUCCUACAAAGGGUAUCCCCCAAACCCACAGGACUGCUCAUUUGUUGCCCGGAAGCGAACACUGCAUUGAAGAAUGCGAAGAAAAAUACGGGAAGCUCGUCGACGCAAAUGCCUCGAAGCGCAUCCCGUUGGAAGAUGCACCUAUUCCAGCCGGAUUCUGCAGGGCAAAUGGGGUUUCGACACAAAAGCCGAUGGCCAAGGAACAACCACCCAGUACCGCGCACGAUGGGUCAUCUGCGGGAACUGCCAGAGGCCUGGUUACGACUACGAUGAAGCUUACGCCCCAGUCGCUCUCGACCCGUCAGUGA